AUGGAUGUCGACGAGCAGAUUGUCGUUAAGGCUAGAUUUAUUGGGCGGAACAUCGGAGGUCGCCCGAACGUGUUGCUUGCAAAUGAUGGAGAUGAAAAUGGGACUUUCAUCGCGACGUCCACACCUUUAUGCAAUAUCGGACAUGGAGGCUUACAUAUGUCGACUACGAAACUUGGUGCUGGCCUCAAAGUAGGGUAUUGCCUCCAACGCAAAAGGACGUAUCAGGAAUCAAGUAACAGGUUCUAG